AUGAAGAAACAGUUCUAUAGAGUUAAGCAACUGGCGGACCAAACCUUUUCAAGGUCUGGUAAGGAAGAGGCGUUGACUGAUGAGUUACAAACAGCAGAUACAAAGGUAGAACAUCUUCGGAAUGCGUUGCAACUUAUUAGCAAGAGACUCGCGACUGCAGCAGGAAACACACAGGGUCAAGAUCCCGCGGCCAGGGAGAAAAGGCUAAAGAAACUACCGGAAUAUCUCUUAGGACUAUCUAUGUGUGAGGCGAGUAACUAUGAUGACGAUGACAGCAUUUUGAAGUACAUUCUAUACGAGUGUGGAAAAACCGAAAAGUUUCUUGCAAAUGAAAUAGCCGAGCAUGAGCUUAAAGUUGAGCAAUUGGUGUGUGCUCCGCUCACAGCAAUCAGUGAUCAGGAUGUUCCAGCCAUAAUGAAAGCUAAAAAACAAUUAAGCAGACUCAUAAGUGAAAAAGAAUCGGCAGCCAGCAGAUACAAUCACCUCGAGAAACAAAAAGAAGAAAAUCCGACCAAAUUAAGCGCGGCCAAAGAGGAAUUGGAAGAAGCUGGUAACAAAGUUGAGGCUGCAAGAGACUUACUGGCAGCGGAUAUGUUUGCUUUAGUCGCUAAAGAGGCAUUACUAGCACAUACAUUACUGCAAUAUGUAAAGUUACAACGAGCAUACCAUGAAUCAGCGCUGCAUUCAUUAGCUGACACAGUGCCAGAAUUGGAGAGAUUUAUAAAUGAUAGUUCAGUGAAGCCGGUGUUCGGCUAUCCAUUGGAGGAACAUCUUCGUGUCACUGGUCGUACUAUAGCGUACCCUAUAGAGGUGUGCGUGUGCGCAUUACACGAACUGGCGCUCAAUGAGGAGGGACUCUUCAGGAUAGCUGGAGGUACAUCAAAGGUUAGAAGAAUGAAGCUGUCGUUGGAUGCUGGUCUCUUUAACGUUCCACUGAAGAGUGACUAUAGAGAUAUGCAUGUUGUCGCCUCGGUACUGAAAUCAUACCUCAGAGAAUUACCAGAACCGUUGUUGACGUACCGACUGUAUGAAAACUUUAUACUGGCGUCCAGACACCCGACCGAACAAGCUAGACUCAACGCUCUCUGGGAGGCCAUUCAUUUAUUGCCCGAAGCGAAUUUCAACAACCUGAGAUACCUCAUUAAGUUUUUGUCCGCUUUGACACAAAAUCAAAGCACCAACAAAAUGACGCCGUCUAAUUUGGCUAUCGUGAUCGCACCAAACCUACUCUGGGCCGCCGAUGAGAACACGUUUGAUAUGAACAUCACGACCGCCGUCAACUGCGGGGUGGAGCUGCUCAUUAAACACGCGGACUGGUUCUUCAAGGACGAUGUCAACUUUUUCGUGUCCUUCACCAAAGAAGAUCUCCUCCCGGAUCACUUCGGCGCCGAGCAGUACGGCUUUACCACCAACUUCGUCCACGGAUACAACCAGACGGUCGCUUUGAAUCAGGAACAAAAUGGCGAUUACAACAGUAUGAGCAAGUCCCUGUUCGAUUACAAUCACCAGAACGUAGGCAGGACUACUGUGGACGGCCCCGGGAGACACUCGCGGAGUAACAGUCACGACACUAGUCUCAUACUACUGGAUAAUGAUAUGAAGAAAGCUCAAUCUAACAGCUCCCUCUCCGACCAAUCUAGUCCCCCGCACGGCAGCCCCAAGCCUAUCAUGAGACGAAAGAAUAAGCCUCUGGCCCCCGUCCCGCCGAACUUUACACCGGAUAAGAAUAGGAAGGUCGAAACACAGACGCAGACCUCGGACGUGGCCAAGGAACAGAACGCGCUCGUUAAAGAAGCGGAGAAGCCCGCCAAGCCUCCGAGACCGGUGGUGUCUGACACGGGGAAGAUUAUAACGGGAGUACAGACGAUCAACAGGUCCACGUACAGACAGAGUAAAGCUAUGAAGGAGGAGGCGGCGAGGAGCGGCAGCAGGGAGAACCUCACGGACACGAGGAGGCAGAGCUUCGAGUUCGAUAAGGACAAGUUCACCGGGCUGAAGGGCACCGACAGGGACACGCUCGUGGUGAAGAACGUGACGGCUCAGACGGGGGUCGUGGCGCGGAUGAAGGUCAUCGGGGACGGACCUGCGUCACUCGGGGCAGCGCGGGCCUCGGUACACAAGGCGAGCGGGACGCCGCCGCCGCGCCCACAGCCCGCGCCCCGCACGCUACCACCUGCCACAGUGGACCCCGAGCCAGACGUGAUGCUGCGACACAAGCCCGCCGUGCCGGAGAGACCCGCCGCGCUCAGGCCGCAGAGCUUCCGCUCACAACGAGCCUCCCUCACGGAGGAGCGUGACCCGCCCGCCGUGUUGGAGAGGACACACUUGUACACUGUGGACAAACACCAGCCGGCCGUCAUAGUGGUGGGGGGAGACGACGAGCGGGCCUCGAGCACCGUGCAGAGGACGCACAGCUCCGGGGGGAAGGAUGAACUCGACGAACCUAAGGGACUGACGGGCGCCAGCAGGCAGCUGUCACAGUCAGAAGGCAACAUCACGGACGGCGCCGUGACCGUCCGGCCGCAAGGGUCACAGCCCUCCCGCCCGCCACGACCUCUAGUGCCGGCACCUCCGCCGCCUGUGGCUGCACAGCAAACACAGACUGCACAGACUACACCCACAGCACAGACCACACAGACUGCACAGACCACACAGACGGCGCCGCAGCACGAGAGCACCGACCUCUAG